AUGAGCUACAACAGGAACACCGCGGGCGCUUCCGCUGGGGCGAGUCGAGACGACAUGGAACGCGAGAACGAUCGAUCGCUCGAGUUUAUGAGCGAGCGCGUGAGCGCGCUGAAGAACGUGACGAUAGACAUCAACGAAGAAGUGUCAAGGCAACAUCUUUUGCUCGACGACACUGCCGAUGAAUUUGCUCGCGUCAGAGAAACACUUCGGGACUCCGCGCGAGCGUUUCAGCGCGUCAUCGACAAUGCUCGUAGGCAGGGAUACUUUUGGCAAGUGGUGAUGUUCGUGAUCGUGUCCUUCUUCAUCUUGCGCAUGAUGUUCUACUGA